AUGGCUGACUUCCUGACUUUCGGUAACAGCCUACAAGUCAAGGGUAUGCAGCUCCUCGACUCUCUCCUCUGCAGUUAUGGUAACAUGAACUUAGGUGGCAUACUCACCGUUGCGGAUGACCUACUCAAGAACGACGGCAAGCGCUUCAUCGAAAUGAUGGAACAGCUGGCCGAACGACGCAUGUUCUCGCGAGGAGUAUGCCCGAGAUGCCCCCCUAUAUGA